AUGGAGCGUAGCUCUCUGAUUGAGAUCACGCCCCGUGCUCGCGCCACGAGGAGGAGGAUGGCGUCCGGUCUUAGACCGGCUUUGCUCUCUGUCACCGGGGCGGCAGCGGCAGCAGCCCUUCUGGUAAUCCUGAAUGGCAGCAGCAGCCGUGUGCCAACAACAACCCGGGCCGCCGCCGCUGCUGCUGCCCACCUUCUUGGCGGGAAAAGGAGCAGCAGAGGGGACGGAGGAGGAGAAGGAGGAGACCGGGGCAGAAGAGCACACGGGGGGCAACUGGGCGCCCCGGACGGCGGCGGCGCUGCGGCAAGGGAAGGGAGAGGUCGACAACACCCGCACGGCGCCAGCAGCAGCAGCGGCAGAAAGCUGGACGUGACAAUUGGUUUCAGCCAAGAGACGGAUCGCCCGCUUGUGGAAGGAGACGACGGUGUGCUGUUCGACGAGCCGCCGGUGCUCAGGCACCCCAUCAAGGACGAGUGGGUCCAGCGCUGCUCCAAUUUGGAAAACGCGACCGCCCCCUUCGCCCACGGCUCGGUGUGCGGGCCACCCCUCACGGAGCCGUGCUUCGAUCACAGCCGGUGCGGCUCCGCUACUUCUAGGCCCAUGAUUUACGUCUACGACCAGGAGGGCGGGCACGUGUUUUCUGGCAAGCGAGAACGAACUAAACGCUAA